AUGGAUAAGGAAAUCAAACAGGACACUGUGGUUUGCAAGGUGGAUGUGUCUACCCCCUUAUCCUGGACUUCACGCUUUGAGAGGUUUUCUUCAUGGAAGAAUCUCGUUAGAGCCAUCAUGUGCCUGAAACGGAUUGUCCAUGCAGUGGCACAUCACAGUAAGGAUAUUAAAGCUACAGAAGAUAGCAGUGCAUUUAGGAAGGCAGAGGAGCUUAUAAUACAUCACGUCCAGUUAGAAGUCUACAAGAAGGAAAUUACUGCACUUAAGAAUGAAAGGCCCCUUCCUAGAAACAGUCCCAUUUUGAGACUUAACCCAUCUUUAGAUGAAGAAGGCAUGGUGCGGGUCGGAGGUCGAUUACAACAUGGUGACUUUGAUUUGGGGGAAAGGAGUCCCAUACUUGUGCCAGGGAGUCAUCAUAUUGCUAAGCUGUUAGCUCUACACUUUCACGAGUUAACACACCAUCAAGGGCGCCAUAUCACAGAGGGAGCAAUCCGCAAUGCAGGUCUAUGGAUUACUGGUGCCAAACGUAUUGUGACUUCACUGAUUUACAAGUGUGUGAUUUGUUGCAGAGGGCGUGGGAAACUUCUUACUCAGAAGAUGGCGGACCUACCUGCGAUAAGGUUGAAACCCUCACCCCCAUUCACUUACGUUGGAGUGGACUGUUUCGGGCCAUGGAGUGUGACAACUAGGCGUACUCGUGGUGGGAGUGCUGACUCUAAGAGAUGGGCAGCUUUGUUCACCUGUAUGUGCUGUAGGGCUGUGCACAUUGAAGUAUUAGAACAGAUGAAUACACCUUCCUUUGUGAACGCUCUACGUCGAUUCUAUGCCAUAAGAGGAGAUGUCAAGGAGUUUUACUCAGAUAGAGGCACAAAUUUUGUUGGCAGUGUGCGUGAAUUAGGUAUUAACUCUGUGAAUGUUGAGGACGCACCCAUACAUAACCUACUCACGGAUAAAGGAACAGUUUGGAGGUUUAAUCCCCCUCAUUCCUCACAUAUGGGAGGAACUUGGGAGCGUCUCAUAGGGGUCACGCGCCGUAUCCUUGAUGCCAUCUUACAAGAGAAUCGUCACGUCAAACUAACCCACGAAGUACUCACCACGUUCCUUGCAGAGGUCUCGGCAAUUGUCAACAACAGACCAAUCGUUCCUAUUGCAACUGAUACAGAGUCGCCUCAGGUACUUACACCCAAUGUUCUACUUACCCAAAAAAUGGGGAAUGUCUCUGAAAGUCACAUGAACUUUGAUGUUCGCGACAUGUACACCUCUCAGUGGAAGAUAGUCCAAAUUCUUGCCAACAGAUUUUGGGACAGAUGGCGCAAGGAGUACCUCCAGUCGCUACAAGAACGCAGAAAGUGGGCCGAUACCAAACCAAAUGUUCAAGAAGGAGAUAUUGUCCUUAUGAAGGACGCGGAACAGCAUCGGAACUUCUGGCCUCUCUGUCGUGUUACUCGUGUGUUCCCUAGCGAGGAUCAUCUCGUGAGAAAGGUCGAACUUAUGACAUUCAAAGAUGGAGCAAAGAGAACAUAUGUGCGACCAAUUACCCAGAUUGUGCUUUUGCUGUCAAAUCAUAACUAA